UUCAAAACCUCAUCAGCUGUUGAGUGAGUGAGUUCCUUCCUUCUCAUACUCCUUUAAGACCCCUCCCUCUUCCCUGCUCAUCCCUUUCUUCUUCAUUCACCCUCUCUCUCUCUCUCUCUCGCCUUUGCCCAAAAGCCAUAUAAUGCGCUGCUGAUCCCUUCUUCUAGCCAGCCUCCACAAUAGCAAUACACCUCGCGGUGAUACACACGCACACGCCUUUCUUCUUUUACCAGCGUCCAAGAAUCAGUCACUCACUGCGCGCCAUGGAGAUUGCCAUGGUAUGCACAAGAGUUAACCUCCUCAUCCUCAUCCUCUCCCUCUGCUCGCCAUACAAGUUCAUCCAGAGCCCCAUGGACUUUGGCCCCUUGAACCUGCUCCCCACCACCAUCGCUGCGUCCAGUGACUUCGGUAGGAUCCUCUUCCACUCCCCGUCCGCUGUGUUGAAGCCCCAGUCCCCAAGGGACAUCUCUCUGCUUCUUAGCUUCCUCUCCGCCUCGUCUCUAGGCAAGGUGACAGUGGCGGCCAGGGGUGCGGGUCACUCCAUUCAUGGACAGGCCCAGGCCCUAGAUGGCAUUGUGGUGGAGAUGCGCUCCUUGCCUGCUGAGAUAGAGCUGCACAAAGGAGGAGAAGGAGAUGUUUCCUAUGCUGAUGUGAGCGGUGGAGCCAUGUGGAUAGAGCUCCUGGAGCAGAGCUUGAAGGCUGGGCUGGCUCCAAGGUCCUGGACUGAUUACCUCUACAUCACCAUUGGUGGGACUCUGUCCAAUGCCGGCAUCAGCGGGCAGACAUUCAAGCACGGGCCUCAGAUUAGCAAUGUUCUACAGCUGGAGGUAGUCACAGGCAGGGGAGAGACCGUGACAUGCUCGCCCACCAAGAACGCAGAGCUGUUCAGCGCUGUUCUGGGAGGCCUUGGCCAGUUUGGCAUCAUAACUAGGGCAAGGAUCCUGCUGCAGGAAGCUCCACAGAAAGUGAAGUGGGUGAGGGCCUUCUACGACGAUUUCGGCACCUUCACCAAAGACCAGGAGCUGCUGGUGUCGAUGCCGGAUAUGGUGGACUACGUAGAAGGUUUCAUCGUCUUGAAUGAACAGUCGCUUCACAGCUCCUCCAUCGCCUUCCCUGCAAAUAUGGACUUCAGCCCAGAUUUUGGCACCAAGGGCAGUCCUAAGAUCUACUACUGCAUAGAGUUUGCGGUUCAUGAUUACCAGCGCAAGAAUACCAAUGUGGAACAGGUGGUGGAAGCCAUCUCAGUGCAGAUGAGCCACAUAGCGUCCCACCUGUACAGUGUGGAGGUGUCCUACUUUGAUUUCCUCAACAGGGUGAGGAUGGAGGAGAUGAGCCUGAGGAGCAGCGGGCUCUGGGAGGUGCACCACCCGUGGCUCAACAUGUUCGUGCCCAAGGCCGGGAUCAGGGACCUGAGGGACCUUCUCAUGGACAACAUCUCACCGGAUAACUUUGAGGGGCUCAUCCUCAUCUAUCCACUCCUCAGAGACAAGUGGGGCACUAACACAUCCGUUGUGCUACCGGAUUCCGGGUCCACGGAGCAGGUGAUGUACGUGGUUGGCAUUCUCCGUUCUGCAAACCCUGAUGAAGGAUGCUCCCACCACUGCCUGCAAGAGCUUCUCCGCCGUCAUCGCCACAUAGCUGACACCGCCGGAGUGCGCAUCGGCGCAAAACAGUACUUGGCUCACCAUCCAACUCCGGCUGGCUGGCACCAACACUUUGGCCCGCGUUGGGAGCGGUUCGUGGAGCGCAAAAACCGGUUUGACCCGCUGUCCAUCCUCGGGCCAGGCCAAGGUAUAUUCCCCAAGGGCAGCACUGGGGUUUAUGCAAGCUGACAGCAUGAAUUUUCGCGGCCAUUCAUCGGUGGUAAAAUAAGUGAUAUAGUUAGGUGACUAAGGUGGGAUCCUGUUCUUUCUCUUUCGUAGCUCUUUUCGGGCUGUUUCCUCGGCAUUUUGAGGCAUGGGUUGGAUUAUUAUGGUGGGGGUGGAUCCUGGGAAAACUCAGUGGUUGUGAAUACCACUGGGAAUUUUGGAACUCUGUACAGGCUGAGGAAGCACAGCUCUAGGGAUAGAGAUAGUGAUUCUGUUCGAUCUGUAUGUUGCCAUUAGGAUUGUUGCUAUUGUUCUCACUUUCAUUCCCACAAGUAUGAAACUCUCCGCACUCGACUCGUUUGGGCA